UGGUGUUGUUGUUGGUUCGUGGAUCGGGUUUGAGGUUGUGUCACUGAUAAGAGAGUUGAUAAUAAUUAAUGAAAUUGGUGUGAGGAAAAUGUAAGUUUGAUUGCAGUAGCCAAGCAUGUCAGCGAAGGAUGGCAAGACGUUUGAAAAGCUGCGGCAAUUUUUCCGCCUAAACAAAGGUGGAACUGGACUUAGCAGACCUGAAAAAGAUUAUGUCUUAACACCAGAAGUAAUAAAGGAGCUGAGUGACGAAACACCCAUCAACCAGAGGCUUAAAACAAUCAGUGCACUCAGUGACAUAGUAUCCAGCCACCGUCUUGAAGAUAAUGCAGCAGAAAGACUGUGGACCUGCUUACAAGAUCUGCUUCAAGAGGAGGUCAACCGUGAACAUCGCCUUUUAGCUUUUGGGUUUUUCCGGUCAUUAAUUCAAGGGCAAUAUGAUCGGCUUGGUAGUUUAAUGCGUGUACACUUUUUCAAUGUCAUAGCCCACCACAAUUCUGAAGAUGUCAAGCAGAGGUUAGAACUGUUUCAAAGUUUAACGAAGAAUGGGCAAGAUAUUCAGUACUUUGAAGAGUCAGUUGGGCCAUUUCUGUUAAAUUGGAUGCAUAUUGUUGUUGGAGCUAAUUAUGCUCAAGAGUUCCUAAUUAUCUUGGCCAAUUGUAUCAAGUACAAUGCUGCAUUCAUUGAUGACCAAGUUAUUUCAGGCAUUGUUCAGAAUACAUGUGAGCUUUGUUGCAACCAUGACUCUGACCAAGUUGUUCUGGCAGGCCUUCAAGUUCUCCAGAUUGUCAUCAGUUACAGCAACCUUGCAUCCGAAUCUUUACCACCGUUCAUCUCUGCCUUAUGCCGCACUGUCAAUUUAGAGGCCUAUUGCCAACUUAGCUGGAAGGUGAUGAGAAAUCUGAUCGGCACCCAUUUAGGGCAUGUGUCAAUGUACAUCAUGUGUCGAAUACUUCAAGAUGCCAGCACCACGGUUGAUGUGGGUCUUGUUCGCGGAGCGGUUUUCUACAUCACCGCUGCAUUGUGGGGUAAAAAUCGUGUCACAACCUUGAAAUGCACACCCACCUCUGUUCUUCCAUCCCUCAGAGCUGCUCUGAAAUGUGAUCACACACUAGUAGUUUUUGAAGUCAUGUUGGGUGUUCAGUCUUUAAUCUCCCGUUUCGGAAGUGAGCUGUAUGAUUCUUCGUGGGACCUCAUUCUGCUCAUUCUCGAUGACAUCAUUGUCCACAUUGCAAAUCAGCCCCUACUUCCAGCUGUUGGGCAAGUCGAUAGCUACUUACAAGAUACAUUGAAUUCAAUUGAACAGCUCAUGGAUUCUAAUCAGUUCAAAGGAAACAAACACCAAGUCUUUGAAGUAAUAGAAAAAUGUGCCUCCUCGCGACCGGAAAGUUCCAUCCUUCGACUGGUUAAUUACUUAUCAAACUCGAUCGAACCAACGCAGCCUAACUGGCUAGACAUCUUGGAAUCCCUCGUAGACAUCUACUUUAAUAAAGAAAAACGAAAUCCCAUUCGCAUCAAAACUCUUAACGUUCUGUUAACUAUAAUAAUUUACAAUAGGUCCUGCUAUGAAGAAGAAUUAGUCGACAAUAUUGUCAUACCGAAAUUAGAAAAUGUUGCUCAAGAAUCAGAAGUUAUCGUCAGAAACUCAGCUGCUGAGUUACUUGUUAAGCUCUGUCUUGAGUGCGAUGCCAAAAGAGCUUUAAAGUUAAUGGACAUAGUUGAAAAGAUUUUGAUGCGGCCUUUCGAACAGCCGAAUCCACCGAUUCUCUCAGAAACAGAAGCAGCAGACAUCAAAACAGUCAUUUUUGGACUGAUAUCAGUUUUUACCCAAAACAUCUAUCAGCUUCCAUCGUCAGUUGCUCUUGCCUCCUAUCGUCUCUUGGUCUCACAUCUUGAUAUGCAUUACAAACAUCCUAGCGUUUUGGAAAAAGUUACAUCAAUUAGAUUUAUGAUUUUUGAAUGUUUCCUUCGCCUACGAGCCGAUUCAACCUACCAUCUAGGAUACCCGCUAAACCCUCAAGAAGAAUUCCGAUUCUCUCCUUAUUUACUGGUCGAUCAUCACAGUACAAUAGGUCUUCCUCUGGCACAAGAGAAAGCUGCAAGUCCACCCACCAGCCCAUCAACCAUCAGCUCUCUCAGCACGCUCUCAAAUUCCAACCCUCCAUCCAAAGUGACGUACCCAACAUGUGAAGUAACUUACAUAUCUCUCGCGACAGCCUGCAAAGCAGUUGUCACCUGCCUCAAACAAGAGCUUGAUUGGAAAGUCCUCCUGCUUGUCCUCCAAGAAGUGCCUCAAGCCCUCAAAAACAAAGCUCUCGUGUUAGCUCGAAAUGGAAACGAUGUCGACCAGUUGGCAGCAGCUCUAUGCUUAAUGAUCAAUGACAAAACGAGAGGGCUGCCUGAAGCAUUGCGAAAUGCUCCCCCCAAGUUUACAAGGACCGAUUUUCAUAGUUAUAUUUACCCAGUUCUUGCGGCUCUGGCAUCAUACCACUCAUCAUUGGAUUUUCCUCUUCAGCAGAAACUCAUCAAGUGUCUUGAAGUUGGUCUUGCUUCAAGAUGUGCUCGACAGUGUGUGAUGGCCCUAACAACGUGCACCCUUGAAAUGAGGGACGUCAUGGUGAAAAUGUUACCAGGUGUUCUCCUGAAUCUAUCUAAAAUGUCUGCCACAGUCUACAUUGCAGUGCCCAUCUUGGAAUUUUUAUCUAUGCUCACAAGAUUGCCUAAAGUAUUUGCAAAUUUUGUCGGUGAUCAGUACAUGUCAGUAUUUGCGAUCGCUCUGCCGUACACGAAUCCUUUCAAGUAUAAUCACUAUACAGUCUCUCUUGCUCAUCAUGUGAUAGCUGUGUGGUUCCUCAAGUGCCGUCGCACAUUUAGGAGGGAUUUUGUCAAGUUCAUAAUUACCGGUUUGAAGGCGAAUGUGCUUGUCCCUUUCGAAGAAGGUCAGAUGAUGAAAAAUGUUGAUAUAACUAAUGAAGACUCCACCAACAGGAAAAGAAGUUCCAGUCUCACAGAACAGGGCAGCAGAAGGCGCGAAAGGCCCAUCAGUGGAGCCUCUCGAUUAGAUUCUCGGGGCCCUGUCUCAGAUCUGAAACCUCCAAUAGAUGAAGCGCUAAUGACAUUCCACCGUGAAUUGACGGAAACUUGUAUUGAUCUCAUGGCUAGGUACACCUUUUCCACUUGUGCUGCCAUGCCAGUUAGACAACCUAGCGCUGAGUUUUUGCUACAUGGAGGACAAUCCAUGACGUGGCUCCUAGGAAACAAGCUCAUUACUGUCACUACCAGUGGAUGCUCUCAAAAACCAAUUCGAAACGAUCUCUGUGAUAGAUGCAAUCAUUUAUGUCGAUUGGACAAAGAUGCCAAACCUGGCUCACCUUUAGCUGCAGAAAGUGAUUCUAAGAAUCGAAAAGCUCCAAACCCCGGUGAUACAAAUUCCCGGUCACCUGUGGAAGAGAAGAAACUCUAUGAUUUUGAGCCAGAAAAUAAACUAGACCUUUUUGCCAAUCAAGGCUCCACAGAAAAAGAACGGCAGGUUUGCAUCUGCUGGUGUCAGAAUUGGGCGGAGGUAUACAUCAGAAGACCAACAGGUGAUGUUUCUUGGAUGAUGCGUUUGCAAAAUGAAAUGACGUCACAUUAUUUGCCAGAUUUCCCAUUCACAGACAUAACAACCCUUUUCUUCCCAACGAUAUCAAAACGAUUGGAGGAAAUCUACCAGCCGUCUCAGGACGAGGCCAAGGAAAAUCUAGCCCUGAAACCUCUUUUGAAUGGUCUCGAAAACCACCGCAGUUCUGUUGAGUCCCUGAAAGACAACUCAAACCCAACAUCAACAACUGGCAGUUGUGAAAGAAUAGUUUCAGAACCUGUGAGCAUUCCUUUCUCACCCUCGCGGCACUCAUCAAUUGACAGCGUUCAUGAGGAAGAUGAUCUAGAAGAUUUUGAUUCUAACUCAAAAAAUAGAAAUCCUGUAAGACGUUCAAACUCAAGUCCUGAAAUGAGUUCCAAUUGGAAAAAUCCAUUCCUUCAAAAAGAGUGCAAGCAAGAACAGGACAAAGAUGGUGUAAUUGAGUCAAAGAAAUUAACCAAGCAGAUGUUUAAUAAGGAUCUAAGAACAAAUUGUGAGGCAAUCCCAGAGGAAAUGUCAAGUCAAGGUUCCACGCCUCCAACUGCAAAUUCAUCAUCCUUAGAGACGCCCCACCACCAAGUGACGCUGGCUACACUUCCGGAGACCAUAACCGGCUCUCAUCCCUCCUUGAUUUCCAUAGACCCUGAACCCUGGUCUAGUGUCUCUGAUAAUCAUAAACGAGCAAGUGAGUUCAAUACUGCUGCUCCAUUUUCGAGAGAAUCGAAAGUCAAUGAAAGCUCAGGGGUAACGUUGAAUGGGACUGACUCGGUGGAUGGUGGUGGUGCAUCCACUCUUUUGAACAUUCUUCCGUCAAGUCACGCACAGUCGCAAUCAGCUCUGAAAUUCCCUGCGCCCACAGUUGCUGCUUCACAGUUAUCGCCGAGACUGCAGUAUAAAUAUGGGAAGGAAUCUGCUACGCCCUCUGAAGCAGACCGAAGGAAAGACCCUGCCACUUUGCCACCAUUAGCUUUCAAAAGAGACAGAGGUCACACAAUAUCCGUCAUGAGUCCUGCGCGGAAACCUAAAAUGGAAUGGGAAUCCUCCGCCAAGGCCAAACACAAUUCGAUACCCCGGCCCAAAGAGCCAACAAUCAAGUCCGGCGUAAAUCCAAGUUUUGUAUUUCUGCAACUGUAUCAUUCAGCGCUUUUUGGACACUCGACAGAAAAACCUUUGUUGAUUUCUCAAAACCAUCAAAGAACCAUCAAUGUUCUAGACUACAUUCCACCUUAUGAAACGCACAAGAUUGGCGUUCUGUAUGUCGGACCAGGACAAGCCAAUUCGGAAGUAGAAAUUUUACGCAACCAAUUUGGCUCUGUCAGAUAUGCUGAGUUUCUGCAGCGACUAGGCACUCUGAUCAAAUUGGCAGACGCAACAAAUGUUUUCCUGGGUGGUUUGGAGAUGAAUGGGACAGACGGUCAGUUCGCAUUUGUUUGGCAAGAUGAUGUGAUGCAGGUGAUUUUCCACACGGCAACCCUCAUGCCCACACUGGACACUGAUCCGAAUUGCAACAACAAAAAGAAAAACAUCGGAAACGAUUUUGUUACAAUAGUUUACAAUGAAAGCGGCUGUGAUUAUAAUAUUAGAACCGUUAAGGGUCAGUUCAAUUAUGCAUGUGUCAUAAUUGAACCGUUGGAUCAUGGAAGUAACCAAGUUACGGUCAAGGUGCGAGAAGAGCUAGUCGAACAUGUAGGAAACUCAGAACCAAAGAUAGUCUCCGAUCAGAAUGUAGCUGUUCUUGCUCGGCAGUUAGCUUUACAUGCUAAUUUGGCAUCAAGGGUGUUGCAGAGCCUCCAAAGCAAUGCCAGGAACCCGUACGCCUCAAACUGGUUGGAACGCCUGAGAAAAAUUAAAAGUAUCGGAACUAAAGUUAUGCAAGAGAGGAGUCUUGAAAAUCAGAAUUCCAACUCAACCGAUACGCGAUACCAUCGGCGAGUGCAAAUGGAUGAUUUUACAGAAUAUACUUGAGUCAACUCAUGCGUGACGCAUGAUUUUUUUAUCCUGCUGCUUCUGUGUGUCUUUAUUGAUUAAGAAAAUGGCCCGCUUGUUUUACAGGCAUUUUCUCAGCGGAAUUUUUGUACCUGUUUAAAAUAUAAUUUGUUUUUGGUUCAAUCCAA